AUGUUUUUGUUCCUUCGAGUGAAUGCAUCAGUCCUGUCACGGAAGCUUCCCUUAAGCCUUUUCUACAUGUGCCAAUGUGGGUUCUACAUCUAUAGCAUUGCCGCACUCCUUACUUUGGAGACUCGAAGGAAGGAUUUUGCUGUGAUGAUGUCUCGUCAUAUAAUUACUAUUAUCCUGAUUGGAUACUCAUACAUUUCAAGCUUUUUCCGCAUUGGUUCAAUUAUACUUACCCCACAUGAUGCAAGUGAUGUGUUUAUGGAAGCGGCUAAAGUUUUCAAAUAUUCUGAAAGGGAGCUUGCUGCUAGUGUGUGCUUUGGAUUAUUUGCCUUCUCUUGGCUCUUGCUACGUCUAAUAUUCUUUCCAUUUUGGGUCAUCAAAAGUUCAAACUAUGAUGUUCGGGAGUUCUUAAAUCUUUCAGAAUCAUAUCCCACAUCCCUGUUCUAUGUUUUCAAUACCAUGUUGCUGAUGCUACUUGUGUUCCAUGUCUACUGGUGGGUUCUCAUUUGCUCAAUGAUCAUGAGACAAUUGAAAAAUAGAGGAAAAGUUGGAGAAGACAUUAGAUCUGAUUCUGAGGAUGAUGAUUAGACAGAAGAUUUCGUAAAAUUUUUUUGUUCUUGGUGGCGCCCUGAGGAGAUCACUUGUUGUAGGUUUGUCUCUGCACUCAAUUGGUCAUUAAUUUGGGUAAGAAUUCUCU